AUGGCGACAGCACAAGCAGCACGCCCAGAACCAAACGGUACUCGGACCCUCACUGUCACCCCAACCGAGUCGGAGGCAGCGUCGACCUCAACCUCGCCACCGCCGUCCCGUGCCGACACACCAAACUCGGUCGGCGUCCUCCGUCUCCGUGGUGGCCCCGUUCGCAGGCAACGCGUCGUGUGGUCAUCAGAGACUGUGGAUAAUGAAGGCAUGGGAAAGAAGAAGUCGAAGAUCUGCUGCAUCUACCACAAGCCGCGGGCGUUUGACGAGUCAUCGUCCGAGUCUGACUCGUGCUCUGACGAUGAUGGGGCAUGCUCGGGCCACAAGGAGCACGCUACUACCCGACGUCAGCGCCCUCGGCCUGUGGGAGAUGCCGAAGUGGAGAGCAGCGAGAGCUCAGAGUCGGAUGGGGGUGCUGGUGACAGCCGUCCACGGUGA